ACUCCUCUUUUGUUCUUCUCUUUUUCACAGAGUUAUUUCUGAGUGAUGAAGAGCUAAAAAAGCUCUAUGAGUUUGAAGAGCAGUGUGUAGAAGAAUACUUCCAGGAGAAAGAGGAUGAGCAGCAGUCAUCUAAUGAUGAACGCAUCAGAGUCACCUCUGAAAGAGUUGAAAAUAUGUCUAUGAGGCUGGAAGAAGUGAAUGAAAGAGAGCAUUUUAUGAAAGCUUCUCUGCAGACGGUGGACCUGCGGCUGUCUCAGCUGGAAGAGCUCUCUGGCCGCAUGGUGAAUGCUCUGGAGAAGCUGGCGGGCGUCGACAAAUCCGAGCUGACGUACACGCGCUCGCGGGCUUCGUCCGAGUGUGAUGCUGCUUAUCUGCUGAGGCAGAGCAGUGUGAACAGCUCUGAUGGCUACAGCAUGUACAAAUACCACAUCAGUGGCGACGAGCUGACCUUUGAUGAUAGCAGCACGCCCAUGUCACCAGCCAUGCGGAAAAAAGCCCACUCUAUUGGUACCAAAGAGGAUGGAGCAGACUCAAGGAUGCUGCUUCCAGAACACCAAACUGGACUCCAUACCUCGAGUGCUAAUGCAGUCACUACAGGAGAUCACAGUAAAUCUACAUUAGAAAUUGCACAGAAUGUUUCCAGACCCCAUUCUGCUUCAGGCAGUUUGGGGAGUGAAAAGUGGGGGGUUUUCAGUACUGAUGGAAUGAUUCCUCAAAGUGUAAGCCAGAUAAACGCUGUUACGAACAGUCAGUCAGUAGCAGGACUAGAUUUUCAGAACACUCAGUUAAAAGUAGAACGUACCAAGUUAGAAGCGACUGUCUCUUAUCCCUUGGACAAAUCCAAAGCAAUGCGCUAUUUUCCUCCUGAAACUUUCAGUGCUUGUCAAACCACUAUGAUGAAGUCAAGGAGCUUUAUAUUUGCACAAGGUGGAAAGCUGGUUGGAGGAGUUAACAACUGGACCUCGGCCUAUAGUACCAUUAUGGAUCAGGUGUGCCCUUCCACAAUUGAACAGUGGGCCACAGAGUGGAAAUAUGAAGUUGAGCAGCAGCUUUCUCAAGAGCGGCCUCCAGAAUACCCGGGGUUGAUCUCUGAAGCAGAAAGGCAAGCAGAGGAGAAGCAGACGGACACAGAUGACGAAAGUAAUGCUGGUGAAGCAGGUCUGAGUGCCUCUUACACCUCUAUGCCUGCCACUGCCAAGGCCGAGAAGGAGAAUUUACUGUCAGUAAAACCAGAAAGGACUUCUGGGUUCCCAACAGUACGUUCCAAGAGUUUGCACAGCCAUUCCCGGAAAGCCAAGUCUGUAAAGGACAAAUUAAAUAGACCAGGACAUGCCAGCAGUGUAACUAAUUUGGUGGUAGCGUUUGGCAGUGCAGCAGAACAGAAAACCAGACAAGAAAAUCCUUCCACAGAAACUGAAUGUUAAAGUGGCUUAUGGCCCCUGUUUUACCAGCAGUCAAGA